AUGGGUGAGGAGUGGUCUAUGGUGUUCUCUAUAACAUGUUGGUGGUUAUGGAGGUGGAGGAAUGCUAGGAGUUUUGACUCCAAUCCUAACAUCCCAAUCGACCAACUUAGUUUCAUCUUUGCUAGAGUAGGAACGGUGAAGAAGGCAUUUGAGCGUAGUUUGGGUGUGGUGGAUAAACCGGCUACGAGGAGAAGGGAGGUCUUUAUUAGGCGGAAACAUCCAGGUGAAGGGUGGGUUAAACUAAAUACGGAUGGGGCAGCUAAGGGCAAUCCGGGAGCAGCAGGGCAAUCUAGUCGCAAUUAUCGUAACGGAGGGGGAAGUGGGGGGUGGGCAACGACGCCGGUGAGGAAGGGGGAGUGGGGUUUGGUGGCGGCGGUAGUGGGGAGCAAUGAGGAAGGUGGGGGAAGUGCAGGGAAGGGAAACACGGGUUUGGUGGUGGCGGCGGCAGUGGGGAGCAAUGAGGAAGAUGGGGGAAGUGCGGGGGAGGGAAACGUCAUCGGUGAGGAAGGGGGAGUGGGGUUUGGUGGUGGCGGCAUGGCGGCGGUGGGGUUUGGUGGUGGUGGCGUUCUCUCUCCUCUAAUUCGUUGGUGCUGCGAGGAUGAAGGUCAUGUGGUUGCUUAA